AUGACACAGAGUUCAAGUAAAAUAGGUGAUGAUCUACUACAUCGACAUAGUUUUCAUCAAAAUCAAAAUAGUAAUAAUAAUAAUAAUAAUAGUAAUAGUAAUAAUAAUAAUAGAACACCACCAAAUACAACACCACCCAAUACAUCACCAACUUAUACACCAAAGGGUAGUUUUAGAAAUAAAUCUAAACCAGCUUCUGCCGAUUUGGAUGAUUUACAAAUGUUGAUUCAAAGUCUGACAAAUGAUCCACCACCAAAUAAACAACAACAACAACAACAACAACAACAACAACAACAACAACAACAACAACAACAACAAAAAGAGAUUAAUGUUCCACAAAAUAAUAAGCAACAACAACAACAACCACCAAUUGUAUUUACAAAGGAAAGACUUUCAUCUACACCCAGUGUUGCAGCGUCACCGUCACCAUCGAAUUUCGGACAUUUACAACCAAAGAUAAUAUCUUCACCGAUUGUAUCAACUUCGGUGCUAUCACAAUCAGAGUUGGUCGACUCUAUUGAAUCUACAACCAAGCAGUUACCUACACCUCCAUUGACAUCGUCCACUGUCACUCCAAAACAAAACAAACAGCUACAAGAACAACCAAUUUCAAUGACAGUAUCUUCUACACCUCCACCCGCUUUAACUCCUUUUAUUUCAUCACCAACCCCAACUUCAACUUCAACACCAACACCAACACCUACUCCAGUUAUUAUUGAACAACAAGAACAACAAGAACAACAACAAGUAGUUGAAGAGAAUGAUUAUGAAUCAUUGAGUGAGAGUAAAGUGAUUGUUAAUAACAAUAUAAAGAUGUUGAUUGAACAGGAACAAGCUAGAAAGCUAUCGAUCAACUCUGAUGACCAAUCAAACUCCGAUACGAAUAGUCGCGAGAAUAGUGUGGGUGGAGCUAACGGUGCGAGUGGUGCUUCUCGUUGUCUUUUGGAGAUUGGUCUGGAGUACAAGUAUCGAUUGAUGAUCGAACAGAAUCCAAAGGACUAUCAGACACUCAUCAAAUGGGGAAAUCUCAUUCACAAAAAGAUACGUGAGCAACUCGGUGGAAAAUCACUGGAUCUGUGUCUGCUCGAUUGGAAUGAAGAUGUCAUCCCCAUUCCUUCGCAAUCGACACAACAACCACCAAACACACCGUUCACCGACAGUCUGCAGACCUAUCUCCUAAAGGAACCGCUGUUUGACGCGUGCUCCAAGUACCAACACGCACUGCAAAUAUCAACGGGUGGCUACACCACCCCGAACAUCUCGCUCACCUCUCUGUUGAAUUUCAAUGUCACCGGAAUGAAUGGCAGCAACAAUCCAAUGGAUAAUCAAUCGAAUGGAAAGACAGGUAGUGGUGCAAGCAAGUUUAACAUUGGACUGAAACACCAACCACCUAAUAAACCACUGCCACAACAGCCGACCAAAAGAGAUCCGUCAGUGACUGUCUCCAAUGGCAAUCUCUCAGCAUCGACUAUCAUCUCGACAAACAACAAGCAAUCUACCAUUGGUGGUACCAACAAUGGUGGCAGUGUCAAUUCACUUCAGAGAAUGUUGCGGUCAGUCUCAUUGCCACCUGCACCACCACCUCCACCCAUUGAGGAUCCAUCCUCGCCAUGGUCCGAUCCAUCUCUUUGGAUGAGAUGGGGUGACUGUCUAUUUAUCCUAUGUACUUAUCUUGAAUUACCAAUGUAUAAAGCAACCUGUGAAAAGUUUCAUAAAUGUAUUGUAUUACUUCAAAAACAACUUCAAGCUAUUCAGCAGAUACAACCGAUCGACGAUGAAGUCAAGUUGAAAUAUCAGAAAACAACAAAACAAAUGGCGAUCGCGCUCAGAAAGUGGGGUAUUGCAUUGAGUAGAUACUCGCGUAGAAUGAAGUGUCAGUUCCUGAUGUCAGAGUGGUCAAACGAGGAGAAUAUUCAAAUAGAAGAACUUUGGAAGGUCUUGCAUUCUCAGUCCGUACAAUCGCUGGGCUACAGUAAGCAUAUCUAUCACUCACCCAUCACCACCUACCACCUGGCAACGGCGUAUCUGCGUCACGGUGUCACACUCAACCAGUUUGGCGGUGCUCGCGGAGCCAUUUUCGCGUUGGUAACAAACGCUUGCGAGCUGUACCGCCAGUGUCUCUCAGACUCUGCAUUCGCCAACUCUGAAGAGUCACUCACCAUCCUACAACAGGAGCGAACCAUUGAGAAUUGGGCGCGUGCACUCGACAUCCAACUCGCCAUCAAACUGAUGGAGGAGGAAUCCGUUGAGAAGGAGGAAGACGAUCUUCACUCGGUCGAUGAAUAUCUCUCGAACUUCUCGAGAUUGAUACUCAUCGAUGUCACACCCUCACUCGAAGGAAUCGUUUCACUCUGUCUCAACUCUAGACAAGCCAUCCAAUAUAAAGCAUUGAAUAGUCUGUCGGUGUUGGUACGUUCACCCGAGCUGCAAGACCGUCCCAUCAUCAACAAUCUCAAGGAUCAUCUUGUCAAAGUGGAGAGCUUUGUUUCGCAGCGUGACGAUGCUGAGUCACUGCUCUCACAGCAGAGAACACUGAAGUCGAUGCCACCCAAACUACAAGCAUACGUACGUAUGUCUGGAUUGUGCGAAGAGGAGAUCAUGAAGAACUUUGAAAUCGCUUGGAACUCCAUAUUCUUCCUGACGAAAGAUACCAUUCCAAACCAACCGAUUCCACCCAACUACUAUCGAUCCAACAAGAAAACGAAAGCUCUCACCAAUAAGAAGCGUAUGAACUCGGUCAAUCAGAAUGACGAACCCGAAGAAGUCUUGGUCACCAAAGUCGAACCACUCAUUCCCUCACUCCACAGAGCCAAGAGUCAAUCCACUCUUAUUGUUCCAUACAACAGUCAAACUCCUACCAAAUUCACCUCUCUAACUCGCUCACAAAGCAAGGAACUCAAACAAUAUAGAUCGGCAUCACAACUCAAUUUGUCAGGUGAAUCAAGUACCAGUGGCAGUAAUCAUAACAACAACAACAGCAGCAAUAAUAACAAUAGCAGUAGGAAUAUCGAUAAGAGUAUAGAUAAGAAUUGGACAUUUACAUUACCCUCGACAAGACCAACAAGACGUGCUAUUGUGUCGUUGAUCACAGGCGAGCCAGAUGACCUCCAAAAGAUAACGGUAUCACGCUACAUUCCACCGAUGCAAAGAGAGAUGCCAAAUCCAGAGCCAUUACCACGUUGCGACGAGUCCAUCUUUGCAAAUGGCAAUCCUCUCACUCUCUUUAAAGACAAGAUCAAACUUGGUACCGGUGCAUUUGGUAAUGUAUUCUAUGCGAUUCGUCGGUCGGACAAUAAACAAGUAGCCAUCAAAGUGUUGAUGGAGCGAACCAAGCGUGGCAGUCCAAUCAUCCCUGAACUCUAUAUCCACAGCUACUGCGACCAUCCCAAUAUCGUUUCCUAUUUCGAAUCGUACCUAUGCAAAGGUCAUCUAUGGAUCAUCAUGGAGUACUGCGAUGGUGGAACGGUGCGUGAUCUGCUCCAUGAAGACUGGAAAAACAACCAGACACAACAACUACCGAAUCCUCUUGAGGAACAACUGAUUGCUUACAUCACCAAACAACUACUGGAAGGUUUGAUCUACCUGCGCUCAAAGGGAAUCAUUCACAGAGAUAUCAAAUCACGUAAUAUCCUGCUGACCAGACGUGGAAAGGUGAAGAUCGCUGACUUUGGACUGGCGACCACCUGCAGUCUUGGUCGUGGACGUACAAGAAUGUGUGGAACCAUGGGUAGAAUUGCGCCAGAGAUCAUCAAGAGAGAACCAUACGAUACUCAAGUCGAUAUUUUCAGUUUGGGUUGUCUGAUGGUCGAACUGGCAGAAGGAACCGUUCCCUAUGGAAAAGAUACCUCAUUGAAAUCAAUGUUCUAUACCGCUACAUUGGGUUAUAAAUUACAAAAUCCAGCUAAAUUCUCUCAAGAGUUUGUUGAUUUUGUGGAUCUUUGUUUGAAUAAUGAUCCAUUCGUUCGUCCAGUUCCAGAGAUGCUUUUACAACAUUCAUUUAUGCACUGUGCAGACAGAGGAAAGCAAAUACUAUUAGAAAGAUUCAAGAAUCAAGACAUCAGAAAAGAUAAUCUACUCAAGAAUUUUGUACCAUUUUAA